AUGAGCUCUCGGAAGCCACCGAAGUAUAUCUCGUGUACUCGCUGCCAAUCCAAAAAGAUUCGAUGCAACAGAGUCCGACCUCGAUGUGAUAAAUGUGAAGCCAUCAAUGAGGAAUGUGUCUAUGUACCUCGGAAAGCUCGUGCCAAGAAGCAAAGUAAUCCCUCUGAAAAGGAUCUUCUGCUGGACGUACUCAGACGUCUCGAGCGUCUAGAAGAACACUGUAAGAUUGAUCCAGAUAGUGCAGGUCAUGAUGGCGCAUCACGUUCAAUGUCCGUGUCAUCGGACUUUACUGGAACUAGACCGGCAAGCAUCGAUCUGCUCCACGGUAGCCAGCCUCGAACCCCAAACACGCAACCUGUGGUCAACAGCAUGUUGAACGGAAUAAAAGAUGAUCAAGCCAGGUCACUGCUUUCCUCCAAUGUGUUCUGCCAUCUGCGAAACAUCGAGUCCCGCCUUUUUGCGAACGAAGCAUGUGUAAAAGCGAUGGAAGCUGCCAUGGCGGAAGUUGAACGCCUGGAAAGUACACGAAAAGUCGACGUUCUAGAUCCUCCUGUCAUCACUAAAGAGAUGGCAAAGAGGUGGGUAGAAUCUUAUUACAACAUCUACCAGUUCGAGGGAUUUCGAGUUCCCCUUAAGAAGAGCUUCAUCAUGUCGAUCCCUGACCUAUUGGAAAUACCCCAUGUCAAGUUGGAUAGCACAUCGAGGAUUAUUUACUAUAAUAUCCUCCUUCAAGGCAUUCUCUUAGAUCCAGAAUACCUUCCUGGGAGAGGCAAAAUCAUACAAUAUCUUUACCAGAGUUGUAUGAUGUUGGUGGAUGACUGGCUAUGUCACAUCAGGAACACUCUCCCAGACAUGUUUGCAGCUUUUGUUAUGCUAUCGAUGACACUCGAGGGUUGUAAUAGCGAAAUGGCUUGGAAAAUAUUCGGCUAUGGCUGUGAUAUUGCUCGGGCUCUAGGAUUCUUUUCCGUCGAUGAACAAUCAGACGGACACGAUUCGCAGUCUGAGUUACAUAGUACUAGUGAAAGUGAGGUGGAAAAAAAUCGAAAGCGGUUCGAAUUUUGGCACCUUCUGAGAAUGGAUUGCCUGUUCCGUCUAUCCUUUGGCAAACCGGCCCUCAUACCCGGUGGAUCAUGGAAAGUAAACUUCCCUGAUCCUACCAUUACCGGUAUUGAUGACGCGUCUACUCGCUAUAUCCAGAUCCAUUUCCUAGCGUCGAUGCGUCUUACACUAACUCUAUUAAAAUACUUGGACUUCGUGGACGCUGAAAUGCCUCAGGAUACGGAUGUAUAUGAUCAGGUGCUCGAUGGCCUCAUUGCAGAAGUGCAAACUAUCAUGUCAGACUGGAACGCGGAGGAACUUGUCAGCACCGCCACUAAUCAUGUUGAUACUUGGUUCAGUGUGGACAUCUUAUUCAGUAGCUACAAGAUGCUCAUUGUCUUCACGCAGUCCAAGAGAUGCAACCAGAACAGUCAGUCUCUGCCGAGGCACACGGUAGAUGUUGCAAGGAAGUCUUUGAGAAUAUUCCAAUCUUUGAUGAGUGCGGAACUGCACGCGUACUGGGGUAUUAGUCUCAUACUACUGCACCAAUUCAUUCCGUUCUUUAUCCUUUGCGCGGAUAUUAUUGGAUCCCACAGAUACGACGAGCUCGAGGAUGAUUUCGUCCUGGUGUCCUGGCUUAACGACUUCGUGGACAAGGCCGCUGAGGAACGAUCCGAGCUACGGCCAAUUGCCGCUAUUGCCAAGGCGAUGAUCAUAGCUUGCCAACAAGUAAAGUUCCCCGCUAGCUGAUUCAGCAGGGUUGUUAAAUAUGCAGAAGACUAGGCUUGAGCUCAAGGUUGAGCUCGACUCUCCUUGGUUUAGGUCGGAGAUUACCCCUAGCGCGGUUCCUUCGUUUCUGCUGUCGUCCGCGGAUAACAUCGAUCACAUCAAUCAACGACCUCGUACCGGUUAACCAAACUGCGCAGUUACGGUUGGACUUCCUAUAUAGGCGACACCCUUGUGGUGUUGCGAAACGCCUGCUGCAUCCGAGACACAAGAUUAUAGUUAUUAGUCAUAGGUUGCUGAACUUUCAGGCUUGGACCCAUACCUUCUCUUACUUUU